AUGGGCAGGCUAUCUCAGGACCAGCAGGCUUCAUUCGGGGAAAGCCACGGGCCUCCGCCGCCGUACGCGCCAGCAACUACAGCUCCACAGCACGCGCCACCCCAUCAACAACAACAUUAUCAAAAGCAACAGCCACCACAACAGAUCAACCGCCAGUUCCCGCCCGCCUUCAACCUCUACAACUCAUCCGCCUUCAGCGGCCGCCACUACACCAUCGGCGAGCACCAGGCCACGCCGCUAUACACCGUGUCGCUGCACUCGGGCUUCAGCGGGCAGCCGGACGUGGUGCUGCACGCGGGACCAAGCAAGGACGCGCCCAUGCUCGCGGCUGUCGACGGGAAGGCCUUCAGUCGCGGAGGUACCAUCACGCUGCCGCCGCUGCCGGGGAGAGGGGCCGGCAACGGUGUAGAGGAAGCUCUCACUUCUUCGGGGGGCUGGCCGACUACGAAGCUAGGUUUCACGGUCGAGACGGGGACGGGUCCAGGCGCGGAGAGGCGGGAGGCGUUCGAGUGGCGGCAUAGCCACGCGGACGAGAUCGGGCAUCUGGGUGGACGCAGCAGGGGGUGGAAGCUCGUGCGCCUCGCGAGCGACGCGCCGGCCGGCAUGCAUGUGGGUGGUAGCAGCUUCGUGGGCGGCGGGCCGCAGUCCAGCGACGGGAAGGAGGUCGUGGCCGUGUGGGCGUCGGGCUCCAUGAGCCUGACCAAGGCGAUGCACUUCGCGUUCCUCGGGUCUGGCGCCGGCGGUGUGCUCGGCGAGCGCUGGGCCGUCAUUGCUGUCGUGUCGGCGCUGCACAUCUGGAACCUCGAGCGCAAGCAGAGAAACAGCGGCGCGGCGGGCGGGGCGGCCGGGGGUGCUGCUGGUGCUGCUGGUGCUGCUGCUUUCUAG